UUAACCGCCACUGUUGCAACAGCUGUGAGGAGUCAACGUGGGAUUAAGGCUUUUUUUUAUUAUGAAGAAGUUAUGCCCCGGUGUAGCAGCAGCCCACCAUCAACCACCAGCAUUUAGAGGAAGCGAAGUGUUUGCUCAUUUAUCUUCCCACAACUCUUUGCCAAUAACAAUGUUUGGAUACCGUACAUGCCAUUUCAUUAGGUACACCCGAUCCAAUAAAAAAGGUAUUUAUUUAUUAGGAAAAGAACCCUUAAGAACCCUUAAAUGAAUCUUCGGAAAGGGAAAUUUAAUUUGUUUGGCCUAUGCGUACAUGCUUUACCAAGAUAAUGUUCAGUUUUGAUUGGCAGUGCAAUGUUAUGUCGAACCGCACUGCAUCAUAUUAAAGGGUGUCAAUACUACUGUAUUUUGGUAAGAUUAUACAGCUACUUUAGUGGGGCAAAAUAUUAGAAUCAGCUCUCAGAACAAUACAGUGACGUUCUACACCUCUGCAAACUACAACCAUAGUAAUGAACAUAUUGUUCUUUAUGAGCAUUAUUAUCUCUGUAAAGGCAGAAUUGUUGCUUUGGUUAUUAUUAAUUGAUUAAUUAAGUGACCUAAAGAACAAAUGCAAUAGAGGUGUCCACAUUUUUUGUAUUUGUAUGUUUUCUAUGUAUUGUAGCUCUCUCUUCCACUCCUGAAUCGCUGCACACGAAAGGGUGAAAAUUUGCCAAGCACCCCUACUAUGUUGCCUGUGCGAUACAUUUUCUGACCAAUACAUCGCAUGGGGGCGCUGUUAUUAAACCCCAAAGUUAGACCCCCAUAAGCCAGCUUGACUUGAAAUUUCCCACACAGCUAACCGCGCUGUACAAAAACACCCACAACCUAUGGGUGCUUGGCCGAAUCCCCACCAAAUCUGGCACACACCCUUAGGGGACUGACAAGCACACGUGUGUCACAUUUGAGCAAGAUUGGUUGAAAAACAUGGGCGCCAAGAAACCAAACAUCUUUACAGGGGCACAGGCGGGAUUUAGCAACUAUUUGUCCAUUGGCUAUUUUUCAAAUGAUUAUAAUGAUUAUGAAACUAUCUGUAUUAUAUGUACGCCAACAUGCAUUCCAAAGCAUUUUGAAGCCAACCCAUAGGGGAUGCCAAAAUGUCAUAUGCCUUGGAUACUGUAUGUCAAUAUUUUCCUUACAACAUUCGUCCUUAGUAUAAUCAUAUGACCCUCGAAUGUCAUUUUCUGUAAUGUGCCGUUUUCCUUCCUCAGUUAUUUUGUGGCUUUUUAACGACACUGCUGGCUAAAGCAGGGCAGCCAUGUCAGAGAGCGGAGGAGGAUGAGGGAAAGGGAAGGCUUACUCAUACAGGAAGGAACUACAGUACAGGAAAUGUCUCAUCGUGGUGGAAAACAAGUAGCAAUGUAAUUGUGAACUUUGAGCUCAAUUACUGUCUGGGUGGUCAAGAGCAGAAGCUGCAUCCAAGUGUGUGUGUGUGUGUGUGUGUGUGCGUGUGUGUGUGAAUCUAAGGCUUUGAGAUUCAUGCUUUGACCGCAGCACCGCUAAUACUCAUAUGUAACAUAUUUGUCAUGCUUAGUAAAAGCCCGCGGCCGACAACUUAGGGCAACCCAAUCUAAACAUGGCCCAGAAGCUACUAUACCUUCACCUUACAUUCUUUCAAGAGAAAAAUACUUUACAGCAUCAUCACGGACUCAGUGGAAGAUAAAUUGGGAAUAGCACAAUCAAUCAUUGUCACAUUAAAUAAAUCAGUGGGAUGAAAGCACCAAUGGGGGAAAAAAAUGUUUGUUCUUGAAAGCUUUGGAUAAGUUUAUUUUUAUGGUAUAAAGUCAUAACUAUUUCUGUCUGGGAUUGCUACUUAUUAGAAAAGACUGCCUAAUUAAUUCCACAAGGAGGUAAAUCACGCCAUCAAGUAUGAAGACAAGACUAUAACACUUUUAGCAAACACAGUGGAGUCUCUGAAAUCGAACACAGUCUGUUCUGGGACACUGUUUUGCUCCAAUUUGGAAAUAAUUUAUUAUUAUUAUUCUAUUAUUGGCAUAUUAUUAUUAUAGGAAAUGUUUUAGUAACACUUUAACUCUCAACUGUCAUACAAGUGUACAGUAAAAAGUUAACCACUGUUAAUAUUAUGGGAAAAACAAUCAAACAGUCUGAACUUUAACGACAGAGGCAUCAUUUAUUAUUACUUAUUAAUGUGUUUCAAGUACAAAAAGGAAUUACAGUACCUACGGUAAGAGUGGCAAAACAAUAAAAUCACUUAGUGGCACUUCAAGUGUGGGUCAGCUUACUUCGUGUAGUUUCCUGUGUUGUAAGACAGCCACAAAAAAAAAAAAAAAGUCAAAUGUUUUGGUGACCUUUGACGUUUUAUGCAACUUCAGAUGCCAUUCCAUUUCGAGGUUCCACUGUAAGUCCGGUCCUAAGUAAGAGCCAAGAAAGCACCAUUGGAGUCUAAACAAAUAAUGAUCUCUGAUCAGGUAUCACAAGCUGAAUAAGCAGUGAUUAUGUUUAUCGAGGAAAAGGCUUCUUGAGACGUCAUCUGUACUUCUGUGUAGAAGGUGUCGGACGUUUCGCUCCUCAUCCGAAGAGCUUUGUCCAAGAAGCCUUUUCCUCGAUGGACAACUCCUGUACGACUGAGAGCCUACACAGACGCAGUGAUUAUGUUAGCUGUACACAAAAACUGGGAGCUUUUGCUUGCAUGCAACAGUCAAUACUCUUUGCAGCUUGCUUUUUGCUUCCCCCUGUGGUGAACUCAGGGUGGUGCGUUUGCCUGGGCUCAACCUCCUGUGCCUACUGAGCUGAUAACAGUUGGAUGUUCAACACGCACUGGCUCAGUUCAGCAGGAACCGGAGUUAGGCCCUCUCGAAAACGGCGACGGAUCAGCGCACCGGUUGCCUCCAGUAAAUUGUUCCUCUACCCUUGGUUUCGGGAUUUCAAUCACUCAUAGAAAUGGAGAAAAUCUGCUUCUGUUGGUUGGGUUUCACUACAAGAUCACAGGAACAGACUUUUUCCAGUUGUGUUACUGACGUUUUUGGACAGAGUUAUUUUUGGUUUUAGACAGAUAAUGUGCACAGUGGUGCCUUAGUGAAGAUAAUGAUAGGAAAUCUGCGCAGGAGCUAGCAAGAUGACAGCAAGUUCAAAAGCAAAAUAAAAAGAAAAAAGCUGUGGGGAUGAGAACGGAAAAGAUAGAUGAAAAAGUCGGAUGCUUUAAAAGACUUCAGCAGCGGCUCAAUUUAACAGAUCAAAAUGACAGUUCCCCAUGCUGAAUUAAAUGGUGCCUGUAAGGCUGAUCUCUGGCCUGUGCUGCUCGUCAUCACUUAAUGUAUGCUCGUGAGUGUGUGUCUGUGACUGUUGAUGGCCAAAGUUGACUUGCUGAUGACAUUUGUCUUUAUCUGAUGUGUGUCACUGGCGUAAGUAAAGACUUUUAGUCACCAAAAAAGCUUUCCCAUUUUUAUCAUCCAGUCUGUACAUUUCUAUCUGAUCGUGUGACUCAUUGACCUUGUCUGUCUCGCUUGAACAAACGCAGAGACAAUGCAGGGUUAUAGCCAAAGGGCAUUUUAUACUGUAUAUUUAUCUUUAUCGCUUCUUGCAAAGAGAAACCGACUUAAUUAUCAUAGAUAUGAAUGCCAUAUUCAGUGUGAAUAAUCUUGUGAGGCUGUGUCCUUGAGAGAUCAUCUACUUGUGAGAAACCAUACAGUAUGUUUAUGGACAUAUGAAUACAUUCUUCCAAGGUUGUUUACUUUUGUGGUUGACUGCUUAAAAGGCUGUAUCCUUUUGGCUUUGUUUAGCCUGGGUUUGUUUUUUUCUUCAAAACACUGUGACUUUAUUCCCAUAAUAUUUAGACUUUAUUCCGAUAGUAUCACAAAUACAAUUUUCCGAAAAUUGCAACGUUAUUCUUUGUUUUGUUACUAAUAUUGUGAAAAUUAUUGCGGACAUUGUGAAAAUAAUUUUCUCUCACAGUAUUACAACAUUAUGCUCGUAAAAUGUUUUGUUGUGUUAGAAUUUUUAUAUUAAUAUUAUGACUUUAUUCUAGUAUUUCUUCUUUAUUCUCUGUUACGUUGUUCUUGAUGUUUUUGUUAAUUUUCUUGUUUUAUUGUAUGUUUAAAAUGUGCCGAGGGCCGAUAAAAAUAAAAAAAAACAGCCAUGGGCCAUAAACAGCCCCAGGGGCACACUUUGAACACCCCUGUAUAAUACUGUUCAGAAAUUACCACUGGAGAGGAAAUAUCCAUGAGUGGAUGUUUACUUGUGAAGACGUACUUGUGAGGUAAGCUUCUUGUGAAUACAUUUACCUAAGAUCCUUAUGAAGAUGUUUAUUUGUGAGGAUGCAUACCUUCUGAUGCUUUCUCAUUUGUGGGUGUGUACUUAUGAUGUACACACACUUUUAAGAAUUUACAUUUGGCAUUUGGCACUAUUGAAUUUUAAGGAGGUUCUAAAGGAGAGCUUCAAAAUGCAAAAAGAAGAAAUGGGAGUGAGAUAAAAAUAUCUGAGCAAACAAAUGAUCGUAAACGGGCUGCACGGUGGUCUAGUGGUUAGCAUGUUGGCCACACAGUCACAGUCAGGAGAUCGGGAAGAUCUGGGUUCGAAUCUCCGUUGGGCAUUUGUGUGGAGUUUGCAUGUUCUCGCCGUGUGUGCGUGGGUUUCCUCCCCCCCCCCAAUAUAAAAUUUUCAAAAAAGGACAGUAAUGAGUCGCUCCGCCAUUCUUGUUAAUCACUGCAAAAAUUGUUUUGUGCAUGCUUAAUGCCACUGUUUCCAGGAGGCUAGUGGAAACAUUGCUCCAGGUGGUGAAGAUGGCUUCACGGAGGGAAAUGAUAUCCAUCCCCAAAUGUUCUCAAUUGGAUUUAGAUCAGAGGAACACGCAUAGUAGUCCAAGAGUGAUGCUAUCCCUCUGGAAGGAGUCCUUUGUCAGGCGUGCAUUGUGAACUGAAGCGUUGUCCUGUUGAAAAACCCAGUCAUUACCACACAGACGAGGGCCUUCAGGGUUGAGGGAUGCCCCUUGCAACAUUUCCAGCGGCCGUUUGACGCCCCUGCACAACCUGAAGCUCCAUUGUUCCAGUGACAAAAAAAAAGCAUCUCAGAUCAUGAUGGCGCCCCCUCCACUGUGCCGUGUGGAAACAUUUCAGGUGGUAUGUGUCCAGAGGAUGAGCAGACUAGUCCACCCUGUGGCCCCAGCUCCACCAGGUUGGGUGUUACUCUGACCUGCGGGGACCCUGACAACUCUCAUGCACCUACAAAGAUCUGGACUAGCAGUGGUCUCAACAGGACCCCAGAAGUGGAAAUCCAUUGUCCAUGCACUCCAUACAGUCCAUGUAUCCCUGGGAACAACAACAAAGAAUUUGGAUCUUUUGUGAAGAGACUGACAGAUGCUGAGGCUGCGAUCGUCUCUGCAGCCGCACAGCUUGUGUCCUUCAAAGAUAUACUGAAAGAUGCAAGACCGUCUACAGCCAACAAGCAGCGAGUUGCCAAGCAGAGAGGACUCUUGUUGCAGAAGAUGGAGGACUUCCGCCAAAUAAACAAGGACGUUCGGCAAAAACUGAAACAACUACUGGAUGAGGAGAUGGAUCGGAUUGACGCAGGCACCAAGAUUGACGCUUUGCUGAAUAAGAUCUUGCAAGCUGAGCGUGAAAUUGAGCUUCUAAAAGGCGACCUGAGCGUAGCAGAAAAAAGAGCGGAGGAGCUUAUGAGUCUACAGCAACAAGAGCAGGAGAACAUUAAGAGUGCUCUUAACAUGGCCAAGUCUGCUGAGGCCAAUCGCGCUCGUACACAGGGGCAGCUACGUAGCAAGGAAGCUGAUAACAAUCGACUGACGGUGCAAGUGAAGACUCUUGAGCGAGCCCAAACCCAACACAAGGCGGAGAUAGAGGAGCUCAAAGCGUCCUUAGCGUCUUUGACAGAGCAGAGCUCGCAGGAGAAAGAGGCCUUAAAGAAAGCCUGGCGAGCGCACAAGCAGCGAGCCGAGCGAUUUGAGGUUGGCCUUGACAAAUGCUGCAGCCAUCUGAAGGAAAAGGACGUGCAGCUGACAAUUCUCCAGCAAGAGAAGGAAACAUGGAUGCGGGAGAAGGAGCAGCUGAGUGAGAAGAACCACAAACUUGCCGCUAAUGUGGAGUUCCUGCAAAGACAAGUCAUCGACCUUCCGCUGAAGCUGCAGGUGGAUGUAGAGAGGCAGACGGCCAUGGCAGUUGAGAAAGGAAAAAAGCUGGAGAUGGAGGUGUUGAAGCAGAGGGAAAGGGAAAGCAACAGGGAGACUGAGAGGGAGAUGCUGUUGGAGAGGCACAAGGAAAGGAAGAUGGAGCUGGAAAUGCUGAAGGGGAGGGAAAUGGAGAUUCAGAAGGAGAAGGCAAUGCUGGAAGAGAGGGAAAAGGAAAGAAAUAUGCAGCUGGAGAUGCUGAAGGAGACGGAGAAGGAAAAGGAGGAAGAAUGGGACAAGGAAAGAAAGGAGGUGGAGAUUCAGAAGGUGAUGGAGUGGGACAGGGAAAGAAAGGAGAUGGAGAUAAUGAAGGAAUGGGACAGGGAAAAGAAAAGAAAGGAGCUGGAGAUACUGAAGGAGAAGGAAUUGGACAGGGAGAAGGAAAGAAAGGAGCUGGAGAUACUGAAGGAGAAGGAAUGGGACAGGGAGAAGGAAAGAAAGGAGCUGGAGAUACUGAAGGAGAAGGAAUGGGACAGGGAGAAGGAAAGAAAGGAGCAGGAGAUACUGAAGGAGAAGGAAUGGGACAGGGAGAAGGAAAGAAAGGAGCUGGAGAUACUGAAGGAGAAGGAAUGGGACAGGGAGAAGGAAAGAAAGGAGCUGGAGAUACUGAAGGAGAAGGAAUGGGACAGGGAGAAGGAAAGAAAGGAGCUGGAGAUACUGAAGGAGAAGGAAUGGGACAGGGAGAAGGAAAGGAAAAAGGAGAUGGAGGAGAAGGACGAGGCCCCUGCAGUAGACGUGGACAUGGAACAACUCACAGCGGAAAACAAGCACCACAGCGUCAGCGAUGCAACGCUCAAGGCAUCGUUUGCCCAAUUUGAGGAUAAGCUUGCUGAAUGUGAGGCGGCCCUUGUUAAAGAGAAGAUUGCAUCGCUUGAGAAGGACAUCAAAGUUGAACAAUAUCAAAUUCAGGUUGCAGAGCUUGAAGCAGACCUAAACAACGCAAAGCUCCAAUGUAAGAAUCUUUCACAAGACAUUGAAAGACUGCAAACCGGAGAGGAGGCAAAAGUUGAUAAGGUGGAGACUCAAGCGAAUUUGGUGAGAUCGACUAUGGAGCUGAGAGAGUCUGCAGAAAAGGCUAGUACGAAGUUGCAAGAGCAAGUGGACGUCCUUCAAAGGAGGGUAGAUGAGUUGCAUCAAACGAAGCAAGAGCUUGAAGAGAAGCUCAAGGCCAAGGAGGAAGCUCUCUGCCACAGCAACCAGCAGCUGGAACAACGCACGUCCGAAUGCGAGGCUCUCAACCAGCAGUUGGUUCUGCGCUCAGAUGAAUGCAAUGCUCUCACCCAGCAGGUGGAUCAACGCUCUGUGGAGUGCAAGGCUCUCAGCCAGCAGAUGACAAAGUUUAAGGAGCAAGUGUUGUCCAAAGAAGAGGACCUACAGACCACCAUCCACGAGCAAGAAGCAGAGAAGAGGAGAAUAGAUAAUGAGAUGAAGCUUCUCCGACAGAGCAAGUUGACAGUGGAAAAGCAGUUUCAGGUGCGUCUGAAACAGCUACAGCUAAGUCUGGACCAGUGCGAAAGCCACAAGAAGAGCAUGCAGAACUACGUCAACUUCCUCAAAAAUUCUUACCUCUUGAUAUUUGAAGAUCAGAUAUCCACGUUUUGGUCUUCUGGUUUUCUAAAAUGAGAGGGUUUAAUUGUGUGUGUGUUUUUUUUUUAAAGGACUCAAUUCAUUAUGCACUUUGGAGGACAUUUGAUUGAAUAAAUUAUUCCUACAUGUGGUUAUUGCCCCAAGAAGCAAACUUGAUUGUUUAAAAAACAU